CCAAACUGUCCUUGAGGGUUUUUUAAAGCACCCUGGACUUUACAGAGACUCAUUGUCUUUUUUGGAAUUGCCAAAAAAGAAGAUGAAUUUGGUUCAUGUGUGUACUGGCGUCUAUUAUCAAUCUGUUGAUUCGGGGGUUAAAUGCCAUUAUUGAUUAAAAAAAAAAGAAAUCAGAGGGAGGAAAGGAGUGUAGUCGCCCCAGUGUUGAUGGAUACAAUUCCCAGCAUUCUGUCCCUCUUGCCAUGCUUUUUGGGUUGCGCAAAGUUUCAUUGCCCAGUUCUUUUCACUCUUCUAGACAAAGAUGAGGUUCUCCAUCUUGGUGGUGGUCUUGACAUGGCUUAUCUCUCUGAAGUCUUCAUCCACAGCACUGGAUCCAGCCCUGGAGGAUGCCUGGAGAGACUGGAAGGGUACCCACGAAAAAGAAUAUGCCGAGGGGGAAGAGAGUUUCCGGAGGGACAUCUGGGAGAGGAACCUGCGGAUGAUCCAGGAGCAUAACCGGGAGGCCGAUCUGGGGAAACACACUUACUGGCUGGGCAUGAACCACCUUGGUGAUUUGACACAUGAAGAGGUUAACCAGAGGCUGAGCAGCUUCCAACUUGAUGGGGCUGAUCAACUUACUGGCAAUGUGACCUUCUUCCAAGCAUCGGCCAACCUGCAGCUUCCCAAGAAAGUAGACUGGCGCACCAAAGGUUAUGUCACCGCAGUAAAAGACCAGGGUGAUUGUAGGUCUUGCUGGGCCUUCAGUGCCACUGGAGCCCUGGAAGCUUUGCAUUUCAAGGAAACCAGGAAGCUGGUCUCGCUGAGCGAACAAAACCUCGUUGAUUGCUCCAAGAAGCCGAAUAACGGGUGCCGAGGUGGCAGUCCAUGCACAGCCUUUGAGUAUGUGAUGAAUCAAGGCAUCAACUCAGAGGAAGAUUAUCCCUAUGAUGGAAAGGUUGGAAAUUGUCGCUACAACCCCAGGACAUUUACUUCAACGUGUGGCUCAAUAAAACGGAUUGAAAGGAAGGAUGAAAGUAGCCUGGCACAAGCUGUGGCCACAGCUGGCCCAAUUUCUGUAGGUCUGGAUGGUCGUGCUAACCAUUUCCAUUUCUACAAGUCAGGUAUAUUUUCUUGCCCCUGGCAUGGAGUGGUGGUGUUGAAUCAUGCAAUGCUGAUAGUCGGCUACGGCAGACAUAAGAAUACAGAUUUCUGGAUUGUGAAGAACAGCUGGUCUACCAGUUGGGGUGAAGAUGGUUACAUGCGCUUGGAAAAAGGGUCAAAUACAUGUGGCAUAGCAGACUUGGCCUGCUAUCCUAUCAAGUAG